AAACUUUCUGGCCAGCUAGUCAGCGGGCCGGAGGGAAGCGGAGGGCUCCACUUACAAUUAACGGCCAAGUUGCAGAACGCUUCUGUUUCUGUUUGGGCCAACAUCGCGAUACUUGGCUGACAGUUGCCGUAUGGACAACGCUUCGACCGCAAGUUGGGAAAAUGUCGACUAGGAAAAAGUGGAGCUACAUUGCCAGCAAAAAGGAAAAUUCCCCAAUAGGUAAUUGUUGGCUGAAAAUCCUGAUGUUUCUCCUCGUGGCCAACUUAGCAAACGCUUUGAAGGCCGGGGAAUCCAUCCAGUUGGCAACGGGCAGCCCAUCACUGAACAUAAACAAUGCGGACAGCAGCCUGGAGCAGCUCAUCGAGAUGCGGCUGAAUGAAUCUCAGUCCUCAUCCGUCCAGAACAGUCAGUCGCAGGAGCUGUUGUCCCGGAAACGACGCUAUUUGGUAUUUCCGGAGGGCAGCUCCUUUCAGAUGGUGUACGAUGAGAUUGUGGGAGUGGUGGACCAUACAAACUACUUGAUUCUGGGCAUUACGGUGGCUUUGGCCUGGGAGUUGCCCAGCAAGCCGCCCAGCGAGGAGUUGGACGAUUUGCUGACCAAGUUAGAGGACGGAACCAUAGACAUCAGUCGCAACGACACCGUGUCGAACAUAACCUAUGUGGAUGAUGCCUCAGAACCCACGACGACCAAGCCCCCAGACUACAAGCCCAACUACAUCAACUUGUCGAGUUACGGCUCUUCGAGUGGCAGCAACUCCUACUACAGCUCGUCUCCUGUUUUCCGUUUUCCAAUGCAUCCGUCGCAUCAAUAUGCGGACAGUUAUUACUCCCGUCCGAAGGGUGGAAGACGAAAGGAUAACCACUACUACUAUAACCAUCCGGGGGUCAGUUCCAACAAUCCGUUUAGUAGGUGGACGAGGCCCUCUACAUCCGCCCACAAAUCACGAUAUCCUUACUGGGCUCUCAACUCCAGAAUUAAAGAUCGCUACUACGGAUACAAGAGUCAGCAGUCAGCACCGCCACCAGCGCAAAGGCGACAGGACAGCAGCACCACUACCACCACCACCAAUCGACCCACUCGGCGACCGGCUCCUCGUCACCAUCGCAUAUAUCCGGUGUUUGGAAAGCGUAGCAUUCCGGAUGCAGCCAAUCCGCAUAAACGUCAGCGACGCAGCGGAGUGGCCACCGAGCACGAGGACAAAAUAAGUCGCCUGGAGCAACUUCAGAUCAAGCAUCACCGUAGAAGUAGACAGUCGUUGUACGAGAGAGUCGAGAAAUAUCUGGAUAAGCGAGGUCACCAUGGCCACCAUUGCGUAUUGCGUACUCUCUGCGAAACGGGACAGAAAUCUGAGGAGGAGGAGCCUGGUACUUUUGUAGGCGAACUGAUGCGUGCGGUGUUCACAAUUCCGGAAGCCCUGGACAACGAACCGGUUGCCUAUCGCGACACCCACUAUGACAAGGCACACGCUUCCAAGCAGGACUGUGCCUCCCUCUACCCGGAGUGCAAACAGUCCAUGUGGCAGGCCCAGUUCAUACAAUAAAAACCCAUUCCCCAAGUCCUCUUGAAGUUUGU